AUGUUUGUCGCUCCAAAGAGACUUAAUCCUGGAUUUGCACUAACCAAGUACGUACUUAAUGGUACUGCAGCUUUUGACCUUGUGUGCAUGGAUGUAAGUUAUCAUAUCGGUCUUAAUUAUUUCCUUAUUAAUCAUAAUAAACUUAUUAUUAAUUUAGACGGUCACUCUGACUGAUGAAGACGUUGUGCACCAAACGAACGACUAUAAUUUACCAGCAAUGCUGCCUCGUGAGUUUAAAAUAAGCCAUAAUUUGAGAGUAAUGUGUUAAAAUAGCUAAUAUUAUUUGCAAUUACUAACAUUAACGAUUUUUAAAAAACUUUCAUAGUAUUACAUAUACUAUAUUAUAAAUAGUAGUACUAAUUUAAAGUUUUACAAAUUUUGCAAUUUCAAACAAAGUUUUACCAAAAGAAAUGUCAUAAUAAGCAUAUUUGCAGGAAAGAAGCUGGCAAUUGUCGCAUUAUCCGACAGGAUGCCUUUUUCGAUAUCAUUGCUAGACGAGAAUGAUAACAUUGUGUUCAACUUUGAUGUCAAUGUAAGAUUACCCUGCCAUUUUUGAAGUUACCUUCAUAACAAUUAAAUAUUUUUUGCUUAAAAUAUUUAAGAAAAUUAGAAUUUUUAGAUAUAGCUCUGAAUGCAACAGUAAACAAGUAUAUAACCAUGCCAUACGGUUCUAACUAAUAUUGUUAUAGAAACAAGGAGACAUGGUCUACAACUAUUGCCAAGCUCUAUGCAGCAAUGGGUUUGAUCCAGCAACACGGACAGUUCUCAAACGAAAUAGCUAGUUUAUAAUACCCAAGAUGAAGAUGAACAGGUUUGAGUUUGUCUACCUGAGGCCUAAAAACUUUUUAUUUAUCAUUAAUCAGUACAAGUUCUACCUGCGCAACCUACUCAACCCUGGAGUGGCGUUGAUAAAACUCAGGAAAAAGGGCGAAGUGACGUUUCAGUACAUGUGUAUGACUUUGGUGGACUAA